UUAUCCCUGCCCGAUGGGUCUACAUCCAUCCCUGAAUGUCGUCGGGUACUGUUCACUUCCCCGCCAUUCUUGUAACCGUCACCUGUAAUCCGCGCAGGUGUGUCCGCACCCCCCUGAAUGGACGAGAAAGAAAGGAUUUCUCGGAGCAACCCCCCAGGUUCCAGACCCAGGAGUCAACUUUCCCGUAUGAGCAUUCGAUAGGUCGUCUGAGGGUUCGCCGCGGUUCAUUGCUGUGCUUACACACUAGGCUACCCUUCUCCGAAAGCUCCGCGGGACCACCUACCACUAGUCUUCGGCCGGAGGGGUUUAUUGCACAAACGCCGGGACGCAGGCUCCCGAAGAGGGAAGCCCAACGAAUGUCAGAUGCAAAGCCCCGCACCUCAUUAAGAUCAUAUUGGCAUACUCUCCCAAAAAAAAAAGAGCAGACCCCAUUGAAGACGAGAGUAAGGUACAACAAGGCCAUUUCUGUCCACCGCCCUUCUCACGGAGCCGUACGUGGACGUUACCGCUCAUACAGCUCCCAGCCAGCAAGAGUUAGCCUUCCUCUCCAAGGAAUGGAAGUGUGGAUGAAUCGACAUCAAGAAUUCGGUUUUUCUUUUCAGAAAUAACAUGAUAAGAUGUAUCAGGACGAGAAUGAAUCCGGGAAUCCAGGACAUACUCAUCCUGGAGCUUCUGCUCUCCUCUGGGGAGGGGUUUUUUUAGAUAUAAAGGUGAGUCGAGGGUAGCCUCCCGCUUGACCGAUUUCUCGGAGUCGGAGGAAGAUCUCUCAUCUGAUGACCCUGAACAAGAAGGAGCUGCUCUCGAUGUGAGAUCAGCAGCAAAAGAAGAGGAAUUGGAUGCCCCAGAGCCCCCAGAGUUGCCUUAAAAAAAACACACACAAGGGACCGGACACAAACAAAAGAAAGAAGAAAAGGGCCAUGAUGAUGAUCCUAUCUUCGUUUUCGCCCUGCCCCGACGAUGCGCUCCUUGCUCGCGGAGCUACAUACCGGAAAAAGAAAAAGACUCUCUCUAAACCUUUGAGAAGAGAAUCGUUGGUUUGACCGACGUACUACGUGGGAAAUACGAGAUCUAGGCAAGCCGCUACAUCUUCUCCCCUUGCCCUUUUUCGAUAGAAGAACUACAACUCUUCUCUUAGAUAGUGGUCGAUCGCUUCGCAUCUAUGGUCAA